AUGUUCCGCCUCUCGUCUCAGCGGCUUGUGCUUCACAGGCUGAGCCAGACCAAGCUCGGGUCGGAGGUGCUGGCCCAGACGCGCAGCGAGAUGCGGCACCUCGAGCGCAAAGACAACGCCAUCAUGCGCUUCAUGAGCCGACGCCGCCCGAUCGACUACUUGGCCAUCGAGGUCGACGGCCCCGUCACGAAGGAGCUUCAUUCGUCCUUCCGUCAUGUCAAGAACGGUAUUACAUGCUUUGUCUUCGUCCCAUUCGUUGUGCUGCUGGUGGCGGGCUACUUGCAGCCAACGUAUUACCUCCUCGUGCCCACAGGCUUGGUACCGUACGACCACUACGUGCGGAUGUGGUCCUUCUCGAACUGGGCUGUUGUGUUGGCAGGGCAGCUGCUCUUCGCACUGGUGGUGUACGACUUGUCCGUGUACGCGCGGUACCCCUUCUUUGCCUACGUGCUGGCUCCAGCGUAUCGCAAGCUGGGCUGGUUCCGCCCUACCCCAGCUGCAAGCCUCACCAUAGAGCAGCUGAAGACUGGCGCGGCUCGUCGCGUUCACGCACGCCCGCUUGGACGCCCUUUUGGCGAGGUGCAGAGACAAAGGAAGGCUACUGCUGCAGCGACGGCAGACCCAUUCGGACGCGCUCCGCGAUCGUGA